AUGAUUUGUAGAGUCAUUUACCCUAGUGUCUCUAUUGCAAUCCUUCUGAUUUGCCCUUGGAAGAUUCACAAAGAAGAUAAUUCCGUUGUCGAAGCUGGCCAAAUCUUGCCUAGCUCUGCUCAGCGGAAUUCUUCUUCUUCUCCGACUACCCAGACUCCGAUCAUUCCGAAGUCUACAAACAAAAGCGGAUCUGACUUAGUAGUUGCAGCUCCGGAAACUGCUGUCCCUGCCAAGGGAAACGCUAGCUCUCCUUCUGCAACUCAAGCAGUAGGUGAAUCCGUCGCUCUCCGUGGUGUGAAGAACCAGAAACAAUCAUUGUUGACACUGUUCCUGUAA